CUCUUUGUAUUGCUUUGAGAAAAUGACGACACGUCCAUGCGAUCGUUGGUUAACAGUUUUCAGCACUAUUAUAAAAAACAUUAUUUGCAUGUAAUCAGUCUCUUUUUAAUAACAAAAUAAAAAUCUAUUUUAGCUUGAAGUAAAGACUUAUCACAAAAAAAUUCUACCAUUUCGUGUUCAAUUCCGAACAUUUCCUCGAAAUUUAUAUUAGAAAAUUUUGGUCGCAGUACUUAUUCAAUUUAAACCUCAAACUUUAGCAGGAAAUGGCAUUGAAAAGAAUAGCCAAGGAACUGCUGGAUCUAGGAAGAGACCCACCGGCACAAUGUUCCGCCGGACCAGUGGAGGAAAGCGACAUGUUCAAAUGGCAGGCCACGAUCAUGGGCCCCAGUGAGAGUCCAUACCAAGGGGGCGUCUUCUUCCUGUCCAUACAAUUUCCUCAAGACUACCCUUUCAAACCACCAAAGAUUACUUUCCAGACUAGAAUCUACCAUCCGAACAUUAACUCCAAUGGAUCUAUCUGUCUUGACAUCCUCAGAAGCCAGUGGUCGCCAGCACUCACAAUAGCAAAAGUGCUUCUCUCAAUCUGUUCACUCUUAACAGACCCCAAUCCGGAGGACCCCUUGGUACCCGAGAUAGCCCGCAUUUAUAAGGCAGACAGAAACAGGUACAACGACCUCGCCAAAGAAUGGACCAAAAAGUAUGCCAUGUAAUGACGUAUAGUCUCAAAAUCGUCCUCGAGACAGCUAACUAAACAUAUAUCUUAAAAUUUUAUGAUAAUCCUCAAAAUUUCU